GUGCAGGGCUGCGGGCACUAGUGGUCACUUCUCCCACUAGGGCUGCAGUUGGUAGAUGCUCAGGGGGCUUUCAAAACAAUCCCCGGCGGACGUCGGAGGGUUUUUAGACCCAGAAGAAAACCUCCCUGGAAUCUACCCUGCAUCUCUACCACUUUGGAGAGAUUGGGCUUGGGGUCCAGGCAUCUGACAGCCCCCCCCCUUGUCAAUCAUCUGUGCUCCCACCCCCAGCCCAGGCCUCUGGGAGGCUCUGAGGCAAACUGGGGACCUGUGGGGUGGGGUUGAGAGAUCUGCUGCAGGUGCCAGCUCUGUGACCCAGGAGCACCGCUGCUCCCCUCAUCUGCGGAGACUAAGACAGACGCGGGAACCCACUUUGCCAGCGCACCUUUCUUGACACAAAAUGACCACGAAGACUGAGUCUCUAUUACCAUAUUACACAGCCCAGAGCGGCUCUGGCGUCGGCAUGUUCAACACUGCCAUGGGGAAACUACAACGACAGCUCUACAAAGGAGAGUAUGAUAUAUUCAAGUACGCACCGAUAUUCGAGAGUGACUUCAUCCAGAUCACCAAACGGGGAGAAGUGAUUGACGUGCAUAACCGUGUUCGAAUGGUGACCGUGGGCAUCGCGUGCACCAGCCCCAUCCUUCCACUCCCUGAUGUCAUGCUACUGGCCCGACCAGCCCCGGGCUGUGAAGACUUUCCUGGACGUGGCCAGACCAUCAAGGGCAAAAGUCGCAAGGCUGCGAAGGCCUUGGAGCUCACCAGGCUCCUUCCUUUGAGGUUCGUAAGGCUCUCUGUUCACAACCGAGAGAAACAGCAGCUACGCCUCAAGUUUGCCACUGGCCGCUCUUGCUACCUGCAGUUGUGCCCCCCUCUCGAGGGACGGGACGACCUCUUUACCUAUUGGGAAAAAUUGAUCUACCUUCUGAGACCUCCUGUGGACAGUAACAGCAGCACCUACGCCAUUCCAGCAGAGGACAUGGUGUGCAUACCUCUGUUGGAUGAGGAAGACAAGCCAAAUGCAGCAGUAGCAGAGUUCCAAGGAAAAGGAGACCCAGACCAGGUCAGCAUCAGAAGCCUCCCCGUGGUCACAGAUGUGACUGGGGUCAGCUCGGCUGCUUUUGCUGGUGGCGAGGGACCCCGUCGCAACUCUCGCAAACCCACCGCUGUGCAGGGUGUAUCCAUCCCCAAAACAAAAUCAAAAGACCUUGCCAAAGAGUCAGCUACAGGGGCGGCAGCAGUCGCAGCGGGUGGCCUAGCAGGUGCUUUGAGCUUGGCAGCAACCAGGCCUGUAGACUCUGGGCAGAUAAACGCAGCCAUAGCAGGGGGUGCUACCAUUGGGGCGAGGGGAAGCAAAAGCCAUUUGACCAUCGCAAGCGCUGGCAAGAUGUCCCCAGAAAGCAUGAAGGUUGCCUUGGCAGGGGCGUCCAGCAAAUCCCUGGAGUAUAUUUCCAGUGCAUCCACCAGCAUCUCCCCAAAAGAGAACAUGGCUAUGGCAAUUGCAAGAAUAGAACCUAUAAGCAAGUCUGUUAAAAAGACAGCAGCUCUUGCUGAUUCAGACACAGCAGUUCUUGCCUUGACCUUGCCAAGCGAAAGCCAGAAAACUGAACAGACUGCACAGCAGAAAGCCCCUGAGGGCAACACUGAAGCCAAUAAGGAAAGGAGAGAAAGAAGGGAACGGAGAGCAAAGGACAGGGCUGGCAGCAGGAGUUCCCGUCACCACAGGGCAGGAGAAGGUCGUCGCAAGACAGCCGGGGACAAGGGGGUUCGGAAAUCAGCCAGCCGCAGAUCCACUCGGGAUGAGAAGAAGGAAAAAGGCACCCUCAGGGGAAGCAAGCGAAACAGGUCGCACAAAGGGGUCAGCCAUGUUCCCAUCACGAAGGAGUCCCGGAGCUCCCACAAAUCAGGCAGGACCCUCUCCACCACCAGCUCUGUGUCUACCAACAAGAGGCUUGGCAGAAUCAGCUUGUUCCUGAGGAACAUCAGAGCGAACCUGGCUGCAAAAAGUCUGGCAUCACAGCGUGACCAUGAUGUGAACAUCGUGACCAAGACCCUGGAGACCACCAAUGUGAAGGCCAUCAUGGAGACAGAGAGUGGUCAUGCCCUGGACAUCAUUGAUUCUGUGACAUCCGAGGUCAUGGAGACAGUGAUCUUUGAGGCUUCUUAAAGUACAACUCAAAGCCCUAAGCUGCAAAGGGGUCCGGGGCCCAGGGUGAACCCCUAGAAUUGAUUCCAGCUCCCUUACUGCAGUUUGAAUAAAGAACCAUGCACUCUGA